AUGGCCACUUCCCACUCUGGGCUCUUCAUCAUAGUCAUGUUUCCACUGAACGACCUUAUUCUUCCACAGGCCUGUUUAGUUCAGUUCUCACAGCUCCAGGCCACGUCAGUGGCCGCCUCUGUGAGACACUCUGCCUCUUCCUUGCCUUCUCUAAGGAAGAAGCAAGUGCUUCUGUGUGAGACCAGCAGAGUGCUUCAGAUUCAGGCUCCCCAGAUGAAGGGCUUGGGGCUGGUACUGGUGCCAGGAUCUUCACAUGUAGUGUUGGGCAUCAUGCUGGUGUUGGUACUGAGUUUCCUGCCAAGCUUCUACUGUGCCCUGGGAUCAGCACGUUACUCCUCCUAUGAAAUAGUCACCCCUGAGGCUCUGACAGUUGAGGGAAGGGAAGACCCAGUGGAAGAGGUAUCUUAUGUGAUAUUCAUGCAGGGCCAGAAACAGCUGAUCCACCUGAAGGUGAAGAGAGACCAUUUUGUCAAUAACUUCCCAGUCUUCAGCUACCACAAUGGCACCCUGGCACAAGAAAGGCCUUUCGUCUCACAUGACUGUCACUAUGAAGGCUACAUAGAAGGAGUCCCGGGGUCUUUUGUUUCUGUCAACACCUGUUCAGGCCUCAGGGGCGUCCUGAUUAAGGAGGGACGGUCCUACGGCAUUGAGCCCGUGGACUCUUCACAACACUUUGCACACGUGCUGUACACCACGGCACAUCAAGCUCGAGUCUCCUGCAGCGUCACUCCCGAAGACAGCCAAGUGGUGUCCACCAGCAGGCGACAAGGGAGCAGGCAGCCUGCAGGUCUACAGGCGCCAUCCUACUUGUGGUCACACACCAAGUACGUGGAGAUGUUUGUCGUGGUCAACAACCAGCGGUUCCAAAUGUGGGGCGGUAACGUCAGUGAGACAGUCCAGAGAGUGAUGGACAUCAUUGCCCUGGCCAACAGCUUCACUAGGGGAAUAAACACAGAGGUGGUGCUGGCCGGAAUGGAGAUUUGGACCGAGGGGGACCCCAUAGAGGUCCCAGAGGACCUGCAAGUGGCACUCAGGAAUUUCAAUAGCUGGAGGCAAGAGCAGCUCCUCCAUCGUGUGAAGCAUGACGUUGCCCACAUGAUUGUUGGACAGCAUCCUGAACAGGGUAUGGGGCAGGCAUUUCUCAAUGGUGCCUGUUCCACAGGCUUUGCAGCAGCUGUUGAAUCCUUCCAUCAUGAAGACGUCCUCCUGUUUGCAGCGCUCCUGGCCCACGAGCUCGGGCACAACUUGGGUAUUCAGCACGACCACUCGGCCUGCACUUGUAGAGAUAAACGCUUCUGCCUCAUGUAUGAAGAUAUCACUAAAGAAAGUGGCUUCAGCAACUGCAGCUCUGACUACUUCUACCGGUUCCUGCAGGAACACAAAGGGGCCUGCCUGUUUAACAACCCUCAGCACAAAGGCCGCCUGCGGAGGGAUUCCACCUGCGGAAACGGGGUGAUAGAGGAUAGCGAGCAGUGUGACUGUGGCAGUAAUUGUCACCAUGACCCAUGCUGCGACUCAGCAUGUAACCUGAAGCCUAAUGCAGUGUGUAGCUCUGGAUCUUGUUGUAAUCAGUUAUGCCAAUUUGUUACAAGGGGAACACCAUGCCGUCAUGCUCUGGGAGAGUGUGACCUCCCAGAGUUCUGUAAUGGUACCUCUGAGGAAUGUCCCCCCAAUAGCUACAAGCAAGAUGGUACUCCAUGUGGUGUAAAUUACUGUGUCAAUGGUGUGUGCGGCCACCCUGAUCAUCAAUGUCGACAGAUUUUUGGGUCCUCUGCAUCGUCUGCCCCACAACAGUGCUACCAGUUGGUAAACAGCAAAGGGGACAGGUUUGGAAACUGUGGCCUUCCCACUUCUAGUAAUCCAGCAUAUGUUCAGUGUAGAGAUGAGAAUAUAUUCUGUGGGAAAAUUGUAUGUACAGAGGUUGACAGACUACCAAGAGUCCCACUCCUUCACACACUAAUCCAGAUUCCUCAUGAAGAUAAGUACUGCUGGAGCAUGGAUGCCUAUAACAUUACUGAUAUCCCUGACGACGGGGAUGUACAUCAUGGCAUUUCUUGCGCCCCAAACAAAGUCUGUGUGAAUUACUCCUGCACCGAUUCUUCUGCGCUCAACUAUGACUGUGAUCCAGCGAGAAUGUGUGGUGGGAGAGGGGUCUGUAACAACUUAAAACACUGCCAUUGUGAGGUUGGCUAUGCUCCCCCUGACUGUAAAACCAUAGGUCAUGGGGGUAGUGUGGACAGUGGCCCUCCUGGUGAGCAAAGUGGAGGAAAGCCAGGAUUUCAAGAAACUAGCCGUCCUGUCAAACAUGAAAAAAUCUUAGACAGAAUGAUCUUAGAGUGCUUUUGGGAAUAUUCUCAUAGCAUGGAACCAGACUCCACUCUAUUCUCUGGGGCCCAGUGA